UAAUGCGGAAUGUUGAUCGACCCCCAACCAAUCCAAAGCGUUUAAUCAUUGAGUCAAGUCAAGAAUGUUUCAGUGUUGACAUUCCGCGCUCGACAGACAUUGGGAACCCUACAAAUACGCGGUCUGAUGGUGAUCCUCCGCAGCAUAGAAAGAGGGGUGUUGCAGCCGAUGCUAAAAAGAUUCCUAUGCCUAAUGUGGAUGAUGAGAUGACUUUGAGCCACCAAAAAAGAAGUGCAAUAUCUCAAUGGAUGCCCCAAAUAAGACGCAGAGACUCAACAUCAGAUGCAACCCAGGAGAUGUUCUUGCGUCCAUUCAGAUAUCGAAUGAAAGGCAACGUCAAGCUAUAGUCAGAAAAGGAUUCUCUAGUAUUCUUGACAUGACAAUUGAUGCAAUUGGAUGUCGAACACUUCUUUGUUGGCUCAUGCAAAAGCUAGACCCCAGAGACAUGACUCUUCGUAUUGGUUCAGACAAAGAACUCAAAAUCACCAAGCAGACUGUCCAUCAGAUAUUGGGUCUUCCAAAUUUGGGUGGUGGAAAGCCACUUAAUAUUGAUGAAGCGAACGCUGCGGCAACACUUCGGGCCUCCUUGAAUAUUAGCAAGGAUGAAUUUGUUAUUUCAAAGCUCCAGGACAGAUUGAGGCUAGGCCAGGAUGAUGAUCUUUCUAUCAGAUGUUUUUUUUAUUCUCUUCAACCUGUUGCUAUUCCCAAUAGCUAGCUGGUCUAUUUCUUACAAUGAGGUUCUACUUACAGAAGAAAUAGAGCGAUUCCCUCAAAUUGAUUGGUGCCAUCUAAUUUUUAGUGACCUAUGUGAGGCUACACAGAAAUGGCACAACAAGAGCAUUAAUAAUGUGUCGGCGACGAUAUAUGGUUGUUCCAUCGUU